AUGAAGGCCACAAUCUUCCUUUCAUUGUUUCUGAUUGGUUCGCAGUUUCAUUAUUAUCCCUUCAUAGGACUCCAUGUUGUUCAAGGCAGUUAUCCAAAUACUCAACAACGACAAUCUACCUUGGACCAAGAAUGUAACACUGGAGACAAUGUCUGGCACAAGAUAAUCCCUUAUAAUGCUGAUUUUGCAUUCAGAUUGUACAAAGAAAUGUCUUCCACUAUAGAAGACAAAAAUAUUCUCUUCUCUCCCAUCAGCAUUUCCUCAGCCCUCGCUAUGUUGUCCCUUGGAGCUAAAUCUGAAACCCAAAGUCAGAUAUACAAAGGAUUAGCUUUUAACCUUUCAGAGAUUGAGCAGAACGAGAUACAAAAAGGAUUUUGUCAACUUAUCCACAGGCUUAACAGUCGCAACCUGAAAACCCAUGUGAAAACAGGGAGUGCUUUGUUCUUAGAUAAGUCAUUGGAAGUUUUGCCUACAUUUCUGGAAGACGUCAGACACUUAUAUGAUGCUGAAGACUUUUCUAUAGACUUUCUGAAUAACACAGGAGCUAAGCAGCAUAUAAAUGAUUAUGUAAAGAACAAAACUAAUGGAACAAUUAUCAACUCAGUCAAGUAUCUCAGUAAAAACACACGCAUGAUCCUUGUGAAUUACAUUCUCUUCAAAGGUUACUGGGAAAAGAGCUUCCAUCCUGACUUAACCAUUGAAGAUUUUUGUGCAUAUGGAAACACAACUGUCAAAUCAAAUAUGAUGCAUAAAGUGGCCUUAUACAAAUUUGUCCGUGAUGAAGAAUUGUUUUGCUCAGUGGUGGAAGUGCCUUAUUCAGGCGUUGCUGUAGCCUUGUUCAUCCUGCCAGACCGAGGAAAACUAAAAGAUUUAGAGAGUUCUCUUGUAAAAGAAGAUCUGGAUAAAUGGAGAACAUAUUUUCAAUACAAAAAUAUAGACUUAUGGAUUCCAAAAUUCUCCACUUAUCAAUCCUAUGAUUUCAAACACUUUUUGCAGAGACUAGGCAUAAGAAAUGUCUUUAAUCAACAUGCUGAUUUAUCUGGGAUUACAGCAGAACACCAUUUGAAAAUUUCUGAGGUUCUUCAUGAAGUGGUGCUAGUUAUUAAUGAAGACGGGGCUCUAGGGGGUCAUAGUAUGGAACGAUUAUCAUUAUCUCGUCAAGGUUUGGAACCAUCAUUUCGUGGUGGUCUCGGUUUUCCUCCCCCUCCUCCUCCUCCUCCUCCACCUCUUCUCAUGAAAUUUGACCGACCCUUCCUGGUGUUUGUCAUUAAUAGCUCAACAGGAACCAUUUUGUUAAUGGGGAAAAUUGUGACCCCCAACUAG